AUGGGCACUAUUCAUUUGACAGCGAAUGACUUAUUCAACUGGAAUAAUAUUAUCAUUAUUGGAUGGCUUGCAUUAAUUUUUGCACCAUUUCGAAAAUUAUCAAAAUAUUUAAUUCUAUUACCAGCAUUAUUUCUAUCAAUAAUAUAUAGUUUGAUAUUAUUUAAAACAGUAUUUUUAAGAGAAAAAAAUAGUCCACCAUUAGAUUUUUUUCAUUUAUCAGGAUGGAUGGCUUUAUUAAAAGAUCCGUCAAUGAUUGUUGGUACAACGAGUCAUUUUUGUAUUAUGGAUUUAUGGGUUGGUAAAUGGAUAGUCUAUGAUUUUUAUAGUAAAUAUACUUAUGGGUAUAGUAUUACUCGUAAUUCAAAUGGUACAUAUGCAAUUAAUAAAUCAUGGACAUAUCAAAGAAUUCUAUUUACUAUUAUACUUCUCUUAAGUUAUAUGGUUGCACCACUUGGAUUUUUGGUUUAUAACAUAGCAAAAUAUUCAUUUUUAAAAAAAUAUAAAACUCAACAUCGUAUUGAUGUUGAAAAUGAACAAGGCUUCAUUGAAAGAAUAGGGAUUAAUCAACAACAUAGUGAUUUAUUAAAUCCUCAUUCUGUUCGAUUUGGCGAUAAACUUCCAUCACCAUUACGUAAAAUUUAUCAUUUUAUAAUCGGUAUUUUUGGAUUAAUUGUCUUAUUUACCAUUGUUCUACCAGCUUAUAUUGGUUUAGUAAUUUAUUGUCGAAUUGUUUAUCGAAAGUCAUCGUCAUCUUCUUCUAUUCAUCAGUCAGAUAUCGUUCCAAACAAGUUAAUCCCUGAAUUUGUUCGUAAUGUAACAGCCAAUAUGAAAUUUACAUCAUUUACUACACCGAUAAAUAAAAGGAAUUGGUUAUGGUAUUUAAAAUUUCUAUUAUUACAAAUAGCAACAUUUAUUGAAUAUAUUCCUAAUUCCUUUAAUCCACACAUGUUAUUUCAAUCAUUAGAAGAUUAUUUUAAAAAAAUAUAUGAUGUACCUUAUUAUGCAUUUGGUGAUGGUAUUGGCAUUAAUUCCUAUGAUUUAGUAAAACGAUAUUUACAAGAUAUUCCUCCACGUAAAGAUUUUGAAUCAUUAGGUUGGAAAGUAUCAUCAUCUCAAGCCACAUUUUGUGAUUUUACAACAAUUUUUCUUUCAUCGGAUAAUCCUGAUAUGACAUUAGGUCGUCAGAUUAUAUUUAAAUGGUUACAUGCUUUUCCCUAUAAUUUACAUAAAACAAAUUAUCAGGCACAACUUUAUUUAUCGAGAAUAGUACCACGUAAAACAGAUGAAAAACCGGAUGAUAUUCUUGUUUAUCAAGCUAUUGGAGAAGUAAUGUUCUUUUUAGCCACUGGAGGUGAAUUAACAAAAAAUGAACGAACAGCUUAUGUUGAUUGUGUUAAAAAUCCAUUAAUAUUUUUUCCAAACUGGCUUAAUUUUUUAUUAGGUGGACAUUAUUUUGAACGAAAAACAUUAGGAAGUUAUUAUACAAUUCUUCAAGCAUUUUCACGUUAUGUUGAUGGACCCGCUUUACAAGCAGCAUUUAAUGCAGCAGAUAAUAAAAAGUCUAAAAGUGAAAUUUUAAAACUUGUUGCCAUUGUAUUUUCUAUAGCUGGAAGUGCUGCUCCUGCUAAAUUAGCGGUAUCUGUUAUUGAAAAAUUAUGGUCAAAAAAUGAAAAAGAGAAAGAAAAAAAUAUUUUAUUAUUUCAAAAAAAUCCACAUAAUUUUAUUAAAGAAGUUGCUCGAUUAGAUAAAGCAGUUCCAAUGGUAAAUGUAUUAGCCACUAGUGAAAUUGCUAAUGAAAUUGAAAAUAAUUUUAAAAAUAAAAAUUCAAAUAUAAAAAUUUAUGAAAAUACACCGUUACAUUGUUCAAUUGUUAAUGCAAAUCGUGAUAAAGAAAUGUUUAAAAAUCCAGAUGAUUUUAUACCAGAUCGUACUGAAAUAAAUAAAAUUAUUGUAUGGAAUGGAGUUGAAGAAGAUAUUUUGAAUAUGGAUGAAGCGAAGAGACCCGUACGCUAUUGUCCCGGUCAUGAUUUAUCUAUUGAUGUUAUUAAAUAUGUUACUGAACGAUUUUUACCCGUUGUAUACGAUAGUACGAAUAGUUCUGCUCGACAACAAGAAAGAAUAGAAGAGACAAAUAAGUUUUAUACGAAUGGUGUUUUAUCGAAUGAUGAUCACAAACAUGAAGAAGACGACAAUAUAUUGGAGAAAACAAAUGAUAAUAGAAUAAUUUCUUCAACAAAACAACCUACAGAUGAUAUGUCAAAUGAAAAUGAAACAAAAUUUGCUUUAUUUAAUUCAAGUUUUAAUCAAUUGUCUGAUGAUCAACGUUAUUAUGAUGUAUUGGAUAAUUAUACAAAAGUAGUAAUAGAAUUAAUGAAAGUGGCUGUUAAAGACUCAAAUUUAUCUCCACCACGUGGUAUUGAUAUUAUUCCACCAUUUAAUUUACCAGCACAAGAUUUACAUCUCUUACGUAUUGAUAUGGCAAAAUUUAUACCCAGUUGGGAUGAAGAUGAACCAAAUGGUUCAUCAUUAAAACGUAACUUUGCUCGUUGGUUAGUUAAUCAAAAUAUAUGGGAUUUUAAGGAUUCAUUAGAUGAAUUUGAUACACCAGAACAAGCUAUUGCCUGGCGUUUAAAAAUGUUUAGUGCAUUACCACUACCAAAUGUUUUUUAUAAAGAAAUGUCAUCCGAUGAUAUGAUGACUCAAUUAGCAUUUUCUGGUUGUGCAUGUCAUCAUACUCAACGUGUUUAUAAACCAUGGGAACCUGGUCAUGGUAUACCAGAUAGUAAAUUAUUGAAAGAUGCUGUCUAUGUUAAUGAUAUGACCGGUUUAUCAAUGUUUCGUGUUCGACAACCAUUUGAACGUUAUGGUGCUGCUGCUUAUUUUGAUAGUAAUUAUAAAAUUAUUGGUAUUUAUUGGUCUCAUGGAUCUCGAUUAGUUAAACCAAAUGAUCGAUUUUGGGAACAUGCAAAAUAUGUUUGGCGUUCAACAUUUUUUGCUUAUGUAACAAUACGUGAUCAUUUAAUUGUUACACAUAUGAUUGAAUGUAAUGCAUUUGUUAGUGCAUCACGUCAACAUUUACCAUUUGAUCAUCCAUUAAGAAUAUUUAUUAAACCAUUUACAUAUCAUACAGUAUCCGUUAAUUAUCAAGCAGCAUUGGCAUUAGUUAAUAAUCGUGGUCUUGUACAUAGAAUAUGGGCAUUUGAUUAUGAUGAAUUUUUAAAAGUAUGUGAUUAUAUAUCGAUGAAUUAUAAAUUUCGUUUAUUACCUGAUUUUAUUGAUAAAUCGAUGGAUGCAGAUAAUAAUAAUAAAACAAAAGAUGAAUGGGAUAAAAUUUAUCCUAUUCAUCGUGAUCUUAAUGAAUUUUGGAAUAUUAUUCAUAAAUAUGUUGAAAACUUUUUUGAGAUUAAUUAUAAUUUAUCAAUUAAUGAUGAUAAUGAUAAUUUACCAGAUGAUUUAUAUAUAACAAAAUUUAUUCAAGAAAUAUGUAAACAAAUUGGAAUUGCUGGUAUUACAUCAUUAAAAUAUUUUAUUGAUGUUUUAUCACAAUUAAUUGCUUCUAGCACUGGUAUACAUGAACAUGUUGGACAAGUAAGUGGCUAUAUGAUUGAUCCACGAUUUAUUGGAGCAAAAUUACAAGAAGGUAAAGAAAUGCAAAAUAUUCAAACAUAUACACAAAUACUUCUAUUAACUGUUAUUACUGGUUUACGUAUGCCUGGAAUAUUAGAAGAUUGGAGUCAUUUAAUAGACCAUGAUGAACAUUAUCAUAAAAAUUUAAAGAAUUAUCAAGAUUUUAAAUAUCAAUUACAAAAACUAUCGGAAGAUAUUGAUUCUCGUAACAAAAUAAGAAAUUAUCCAUUUGAAUCGUUUAAUCCAAAAUAUAUUGAAUGUUCAACAUCUAUUUAA